AUGGAAGAUUAUGUAGUGUUUAUGCUAAGAUAUGGAGGCAGAAUUUUGGAUGAUAUCAAAGAUCAAUUUGACAAUAACAAGGAAAAUCUUGUAUUUUUUGAUAAAAACGGGAAAAAAAGUGUGAGGAUUCAAAAAGAUUCAGAAAGUAUAGAGAUUUGUGAGGAUGGAGAUAUUAGGAUAAAAACCGGGAUUAAAGCAUCUCCAUUGUGGAAAGAUGUAAUAGCUGAAGAACGCACAGAAAAAAAGAAUAACGUUAGAAGAACACAUAAUAAAGCUUAUGACAACGCCUUUCAUCAUAAACCUAAUUUUUCAGCUGAUAUAGGAGUCUCCAAAUCUUUAGCAAACUCCCCUGUUUCACACAGCCUUCAAAAAGAUAUAAAACCUAAAAGGGUAAGAUUUGAUAUCCAGGAUCUAUAA